AGAAAUUUUCGGCAAGCCAUGUGCCGUGCUCUCUUAUAUGUAAAUAUGUGUGAAUUUAAACUCUGAUUUACUUCAUGCUAUUUUCAAAUAACUAAAAAGUGCAGUUAACUUUAUGUGAACUCAGUGAAAAAAAAAUUGCUUAAUUUGCUUUAGUUUUUCAUAUGUUAUAGUCACGAUGAAAACACAACAUAGUAUUAGUAAAUCAGAUCAAGCUGAAGAUAGUGAUUCUAGCGUAUAUUCUGGGCUUGAAGAUGAAGAUGAUACCUCAUUGUCUGAAAGUGAAAAUGAAGAUCAGAAAAUCUUGGCAGAACCUUGUAAUGUUAGCAAUGCUUCCAUUAAUGGUGAAAGCUCAAGGCAAGUUGCUGUGGAUGAGUAUGCUGAAGAUACUUCAGAUGAAGAAGACAUUCGAAACACAGUUGGUAAUAUUCCAAUGCAAUGGUAUGAUGAUUUCCCUCACAUUGGUUAUGAUAUUGAAGGUAAGAAGCUUAUGAAGCCUGCAACAAAUGAUGAAAUUGAUGAAUUCUUGAGCAAGAUUGAUGAUCCUAAUUACUGGUAA